GAUUGGCUAUUUGCUUCGUGGCCUGGCAACCAGAAGAGGCUUUACCAAACAGAGAGACCCCCCCCCCUUCGCCCCCAACGAGCAAGCAUUCGAGCUAGCUAGCUACAAUCGCGAGCUACCUAGCUACGUUUUCUGGAGAUAUUCAACCGUCCAAAUACCAUCAUGUCUUCAAGAACUCUGCCUCUGCUAUUCAUCAACCUCGGCGGAGAAAUGCUGUACAUCCUGGACCAGCGGCUUCGAGCCCAGAAUAUCCCGCCUGACAAAGCCAAGAAAGUUAUGAAUGACAUCAUCACCACCAUGUUCAACAAAAAGUUCCUAGAAGAGCUUUUCAAGCCACAAGAGCUUUACUCCAAAAAGGCCCUGCGGACUGUGUUUGACAGGCUGGCCCACGCCUCAAUAAUGAGACUCAAUCAGGCUAGCAUGGACAAGCUCUAUGACUUGAUGACCAUGGCUUUCAAGUACCAGGUGCUUCUCUGUCCUCGACCUAAGGACAUCCUCCUCAUCUCCUUUAACCACAUGGAUGCAAUCAAAGACUUUGUGAAAGACACUCCCAGCAUUCUCAGCCAAGUUGAUGAAACGUACCAACAGCUCAUAGAGAUGUAUACAACCUUGUGUAGUGGGGAAUUCCAGCUGAUCAGACAAACUCUUCUUAUCUUCUUCCAAGACAUGCAUAUAAGAGUGUCUAUUUUCCUCAAGGAUAAAGUGCAGAACUCCAAUGGGCGUUUUGUUCUUCCCACCAGUGGUCCUGUGCCUUAUGGAACACAAGUCCCUGGCUUGAUAAGGAUGUUUAGCUGUACUGGUGAAGAAGUGACCAGGCUGCAGUUCAAUAACGGAGGAAACUAUACCGCGGCUCUCCGGGAGGGAUCUUUUGAGAUAUUUAGAGACCGGGUCACCAAACUAGGCACAAAUAUGUACAGUGUAAGCCGCCCAGUGGAAACACACAUGUCAGGAACAAAUAAAAAUUCUGCUCAGCACACUAAGGUCAACGCUGCUCCCAACCCUCUGGCCAAAGAGGAGCUAAAUCUGUUGGCCAAGUUAAUGGGAGGGCUAGAUGUUCGGAAAUCAGGAAAUGCAGACAACAGCUUCCGAGUCAACCUCUUCAAUACCGAUGAGGAGGAAGAAGAGGCAUUAAUAUCAAGACCAGGUGACCUUUCAUAUGGAGUUAUUAACAUCCAAGCAACAAAGGUAAAGCCAGUCCAGUAUUUGUUUAAUGAAAAUGUAAACUUUAAGUCUUAUUCAGUGACAAAAAGUCUGAUCAUACUAUCAGCUAUCUGUCAUCUAAGGGCAAGUGCAGAGUACAAGACUGUGAAAAUCUCAGAGUUGCUGUGCUUCUUGAAACACAAGACAUUUAUUGUCCCUGACUGGACUCAUGUAGACAUUAGAGACAAACAAAAAGUCUCUCAUCGGAAAUUUUGAUAUCUGUCUAGUAAUGGAGCUUGAUGGGGCCAGUUCAUUAAGCCCCAUCUCUUGUGUCCACUCAAUCUGCUGAACGCUAAUCCCCAAUUUCACCCUUUAUUUUUAGCUAUGAUUUUUGUUUUGCUUUGGACUGUCUGCUUCCCUCUGAUUGGACACUGCUCUCCUCCCAUCUCAGACUCAUCUCAAAAGUGCAUUUGUUUUUGGCUGUGAUGAAAUCAAACAUGUUCAAAAACUGACAUAGCGCCUGGCACAGCUCACGACGUGGGCAGGACCUAUCACAGAUCUGCCCGACUCAAGGGCUUUUUAUCUCUAAGAAGUUUUUCUGGGUCAGGCAAAAGAGGAAAAAUAUUAUAGCCUGCACAGUCCCUAUCUGUCAGCUUACAACAAGUCUAUUGUCUUUUAUAAUUGAUAAGCAACCCCCAUGAUUGGGUUUUGGCUUUUACAGUCAAAGAUCAGAGAUGUGAGGCUUUGCCAGUCUGAAAGGAUACACUGUAAUAGGGCGUAAGUCUUUAUGAUGACCACUCUUGCACUGUGAUUGGUGGAUAACAUUGUCUUUCAGGACCAGCAAGUCAAUGCAGAGCUGGCCAAGAUCAUGGGGGAGUUCACAGAGUCUGAAGAUCAAUCUCCCAGCUCCAGCAGUAAAGGAGACGACCUUCUGGCCAUGAUGGACGGGCUGUGACAUGGUCACCCUGACAAAAAUGCACAGUGGGUGGGGCACAAUGCAUCGUCAACAGUCUGUUUUUACUGUAGACCAGUCUUCUGUCUGUAGCUGCGUACACACUGCAGCAACCUGACAUGCCAUCAGAAAACCUUAUUUGGAUGCUUUUAAAAUGGAGAUGUGUGCAGGUGUUUCAAGUGGUUGUCAAAUGACCAACUGCCAAUUUGCAUACUUAACAACAAAGAAAGUGGUGAGCCAAGCUUUAAGCUGUGAUACACUGUAAUGGCAUGUUUGGAAAAAAGAGUUUCAGUGCAUCAAAAUAUACAGUUGGCAUACUGUAUAUUAGUGUAUGUGGUAAUAGCAAAACAUCUGUUCGUAUAAUGUCAUGAUGCAUUUGUUCAAUCAGAGUCAGACUUUGCUGCUAUACACAAAAUACACAUUCCUUUAAUUUUACACAAUGUAAUUUAUCUUAAAUGUCAAUACAUCUAUGUUGUAGUUUGAGUUGAUUGUUUAUGGUCCAUAAUUUCAUGUUACACAGUGCUCUAAUUUGAUGAACAAAUUCUGAUAUCAUGGGGGAAUUGCAGAAAACCGAAGUGCUCUUUCUAAUGUGAUUCAAAUUCCCUCAAAUCUUUAUUUUGGUAAGAAAUAUAUUUAUCUUGCAUCACACUGCACAACCUUUAAACAGUAUGAGAGCGACUUGUAAGACAUUUUUCACUACCCUGUGAUGUCUCUAGUGUUAAGCUAUGGCCCAGGAAUGUGCUCAUAUCAGUUUGUUUAUUAUAGUUUAUUACUUUAUUAUGAUAUAUAGAGCAAUGCAAUAAAAGGUAUGUCUAAUGUGUAAAUAUGAUCAUUGCAUACUUUAUUUAUUUAAAUGUAUAAUGUUCUGUGUAUAGGAAGGUACAUAUUGCUACAGUUGUUAAAUUGUUGAAUGUGUGAUCUUGGAUUUUUAAUAAAUAGAUGGAAAAAAAUGUA